AUGGAUCGAAAAAGCUUCCGCUCUCUUGCACUCAUCACCGUUGUUGUCGCAGCUGUUGUCGCAGCCGUCAAAGGCCAGUCUCCAUCAGCGACGCCCAUCACGACCCCUCCUAUCGCCACCACCAUUCCCUCUGCAUCCCUAGUCACCACCCCUUCUAAGCCUAAAUCACUGACGCCGAUUGUUUCUCCCACGUCAUCUCUGCCAUCUUUCUCCCCCAAUGCUACAACUGCAACCCCCGCAUCAUCUCCCACUACUUCGCCUCCAUCUAAAAUCGCUUCAGCAGCUCCAGCGACCAACCCCCCGACCACCACACCACCGGUUGCUAGAACUCCUACAGCCAUACCCCCGGUUGCUACACCUCCUGCAACCACACCCCCAGUUGCUACACCUCCUGCAACCACACCUCCUGUAGCCACACCUCCACUAGCCGUGGUGAGAGAACUUGUCGUGGGAAGAGAGAAGUUUGGCGUAUUUAAGAAGGCUGUCGUGGUGUUCGACUCUGGGACCGAUGGUGAAGACAACGAGGAGAACGAAAGGGAGCUUCUCUGUGUUCAUGGCUUGAACCUCGAACGUGUAGUUCAUAGGAGAGAGGUCGAAGACGCGGCAUGA